GCGCGAGGCUGCCGCUGCCGCCGCCGCUAUAAAAGCCGCAUCUCAGAGCGCAGCAUCACGGAGCGGACCGUAGCCACCUCCAUCCAGCAGAGCCGGAGCCCAGCGCACACUCCCGCAGCGCAGCCAUGAGUGAGAGACAAGCAUCUGGAGCAAUGACUGGAAACAGCAAACCAUCUGCUGCACAAGGGCUUCAAGGUCAACAGAAGGUCGCGUCUAAACACGACAAGAAGAACAACGUCCCCCAGGACUUCGACAUCGACAUGGACAACCCGGAGACGGAGAAGGCGGCCGUCGCCAUCCAGUCCCAGUUCAGGAAAUUCCAGAAAAAGAAGCAGGACGUGAAGUCGUAAAAGCGGCGUCCGUCCAGCGUCCAGCCGUCCGUCCGUCCGUCCGUCUGAAUUCACCUGAUGUGGGCGUGGUCUUGCAUGUCAAUUAAAAAGCACCGUCAUGAACUCAAACAACAAAAAAGGAAAGGGCGGGGCGGGAUUUUCAGGGGUGGUUUGGGGGGUUAAAUAGUACUGUUGUGGAAGUCUGUGUGUUAUUUAACAUAUAUAUGAGAUGAUAUAUAAACUAUGAGUGUGCGUAUGUAAAACUUUCCUAUAAUUUUGGUAUUUGUUUUUUUUAUCGAAUACUUUACAGUAGCUCUGAAAGUGUUGAUAGUUUUUCUUAUGUCAUAUUCAGUGUAAAAUACUCAUGGGAAUUAAAACAAACGCCCCAUAAAUACAUGGUUUCACUCUUAAUUGUAGUUCAGGAGGAAUAUAAAAGCCAAGUUUACUGAUAUUUUAUGGACCGAUGCUGAUCAUAAUCAAAGUAGAAGUCUGUCAACGUGAGCUCGUACCAUGUUUUAAAGCCAAACUCUGUGUGGCCUCCAUCGCAUCCUUACGUUAAACGACAUAAACCCUCUUAGUUGUGUCUUUACAUCGUUGCUAACCGUUGUGUUUGUUUCUGUUUUUUUGUUCCGGUGUGAUUUGAACGAACCCUUCGCUCUGUUUGUUACACGUGUCCUGUACAAGCACACAGUACUGCAUGCACGCUUGCACAGAAUCACACACAUCUACACAAACACGCAUACAGGGAAAUAAAUAAAUAAAAGAUGUGGAAACGGA